AUGUCAUCGCCGGCGCCCGAGAGGAGGCGCUCCACGCGGCAGCGGCCCAAGCUGUCCUACGCCGACGCGGACUCCGACGCCGAGCCCGAGCGCGGUGGAAAGCGCCGCCGCAAUGCGGCGGUGAAGCCGGGUACCCGCAAGAGCGGCCCCGCCAAGGGCGAGCCGAAACGGAGGCGGCGCUUGGCGGAGGAGGGUGACGCGCUCGACGACGACGACGACGACAUGUGCGCGUCGGAGCCAGACGCGGAGGAGAUGCAGAUGGCGGAAGAGGAGGAGGAGGCCGCCGCGCUGGAGGCGGCGGAGCGGGCCAAGGCGGGGACGCUUCGCACCAUCAGGAGGAAGAGGAGGGUGGCGACGAGGCGGGUGAGCAAGCAGAAGGAGGAGGAGGACGCCUCCGAGGCCGAGGACCACUUCGUCGGCGUCGACCCGAUACCAGACGACGAGGCGCGGCGCCGGUGGCCCGAGAGGUACAAACCCAAGGAUUCUGACCAUCCACAAGUUACUAGUACUAAUAAGCGUAAAAAGCGGUCUAAUGCGCCGGAGGAGGAAAAGGAGAAGCGUGCUCGGUGCCACUACAGAUCUGCUAUCGUGGAAGGUGUCAAUUUUGAUCUGGGCGAUGAUGUCUACAUCCGGCCGGCUGGUGAUGGCAAGGAUGAUUACAUUGGAAGGAUUACCGAAAUUUUCCAAGAAAUUGAACGUGGAUCAUAUUUCUGUUGCCGUUGGUUUUACCGUGUGGCUGAUACGGUUAUCACAUCCAAUGUGUGGAACGUUCCUGAUCAUGAACACGAUCAUAAGCGUGUUUUCCUUUCAGAGGAAAAGGAUGAUAACCUGGUUGGGUCAAUUAUCUCGAAAGUAAAUAUUACUUAUGUUGGCCCAAACUUGACACAACCAGAAAAAGCUGAGCUUAUAUCAAAGUGUGAUUUGUAUUAUGAUAUGGCGUAUUCAGUGGCAUAUUCCACAUUUGCCAAUGUGCCACCAGAAAAUGUUGACCCAGCAGGCAGCGAAACGACAUCAGAUAUUUCUUGUGACAAUGUUGACUCUUCUAAGGAAAAACCAGCUGCUGAUCUUGUGGUAUCACCUGAUGCACAAAUGGAAACAGCAACACUGCUGGAUCUAUACUCUGGCUGUGGUGCCAUGUCAACCGGGCUUUGCAUGGGUGCUCCAUUGUCUGGCUUAAAAUUGACUACUAAAUGGGCCGUAGACAUGAACAAAUAUGCUUGCGACAGUCUAAAGCAUAACCACCCACGUGCACAGGUACGAAAUGAGAAGGCCGAGAAUUUUCUUAAACUCCUUCAGGAGUGGGAUAGACUUUGUAAGGAAUAUGAUGUCCAUAAUAGCACUUCUCUACCUCGGACUUCGAAUGAUGAUGAAGAUGACGAAAACGGAGUAAAUGAAUCUCUUUCGGAGGGUACAUUUGAGGUUGAGAAGCUUGUUGAUAUAUGCUACGGCGAUCCAAAUAAAACUAAAAUAGAUGGCUUGUGUUUUAAGGUACGGUGGAAAACAUAUGAUUCUAGUCAUGAUACCUGGGAGCCCCUUGAUGGCCUUAGAGAUUCUCCGGAAGCUAUUAAAGAAUUUGUGGAGAGUGGAUAUAGGGAAUCCAUUUUACCCUUGCCUGGCCAUGUGGAUGUUAUUUGUGGUGGUCCCCCCUGCCAGGGAAUUAGUGGCUUCAAUAGACACCGGAAGCAUAAAGAUCCGCUGGCAGAUGAAAAAAACAAACAGUUGCUUGUGUUCAUGGACAUUGUCAACUACCUCAGACCUAAAUACGUUCUUAUGGAGAACGUAGUAGAUAUUCUGAAGUUUGCAGAGGGAUUUCUUGGGCGUUAUGCCCUGAGCCGACUUGUCGCCAUGCGUUACCAAGCUAGACUUGGAAUGAUGGUUGCAGGACGGUAUGGGCUACCACAGUUUAGGAUGCGAGCCUUUCUGUGGGGAGCUCUACCUUCCGUGGUACUUCCAAAGUUCCCCCUUCCCACACAUGAUGCUAUUAAUCGAGGACAAUACGAGCCAACUGAAUUCACGCAAUGUCUAGUUGCAUGUGAUGAAAAUGAAUCUAAGGAAUUGGAGAACGCUCUUUGUCUUAGGGACGCCAUAGAUGAUUUACCGAAGGUUGAAAACCAUCAACCUAAAGACAUUAUGGCAUAUAAAAGUGGACCCAAAACAGAUUUACAACGCUAUCUCCGUCUCAACCGUAAUGACAUGAGGGAUGACUCGGUUGGAGAUGCCCCUCCAAAGGAAUGCCAGCUAUUCGAUCAUCAGCCGCUUCAACUGAAUAAGUAUGAUUAUGAAAGAGUGAAGCAGAUUCCCAAAAAAAAGGGGGGAAACUUCCGCGACUUGAAAGGUGUCAGGGUUGGAAAAAACAAAACCGUUGAGUUUGAUCCGAAUAUUCCUCGUCAAUAUCUUUCGCCGGGGAAGCCUUUGGUCCCUAAUUAUGCUAUGAAGUUCUGCAAGGGCAAGUCACUGAAACCAUUUGGACGCCUGUGGUGGGAUGAAACCGUCUCGACUGUUGUGACCAGAGCCGAGCCUCACAACCAAGCUAUUUUGCAUCCCAAGCAGGACAGAGUUCUGACCGUUCGAGAAAACGCAAGGCUGCAGGGCUUCCCGGAUUACUACAGGCUGUCUGGCCCCAUAAAACAAAAAUAUAUCCAAGUUGGGAAUGCUGUCGCUGUUCCCGUUGCCCGAGCCCUGGGGUGUUCACUCGGAGAGGCAUACCAGCAGGGUGAAUUCAGUGGAGACCAGAGCCCCUUGUUCAAACUGCCUGCGAACUUCAUCCCUGUGCCUCAAGCAAGAGUUGCAAGAUUGCCUCGAGGAUCUUCUGCAGGCGAAGUAGUGGAGGAAGAAUAG